AGCCCUCUACAGGGACGUCAUGCAGGAGAACUACGAGAUGGUGACCUCGCUGGGAUUCCCUCUUCCCAAACCUGAUCUAAUCAGCCGGCUGGAACGAGGAGAAGAGCCGUGGGUGCCCGAUCUCCAGGCCUGCGAGGAAAGAGAGAUCCCAAGAGUCGCCCACACAGCAGGUAACGAGACAGUGAGUGAGAAAAAGGAGAGGAAUCAACAACAGGAAGUUCCUGGGCACGGAGAACCACAGGAGACCUUUGUGGGAAGAGGUGCAGGGAAUUUUUCCCAGUGGUUGGAACAGGGAGAAGCCUGGGGAAAUUGGCAGAGGUCAGAGAGGCUGCUGAGAAACUACUCAAGGGAGCAAAUGGAUGAAUUUAUUAUCUGUGGGGAAGGAUACAGGGAUCCCACAGCCCAGCAGACAACCCCUAGGGAAGACAAACACCAUGAAUGCGUUGGUUAUGGAAAAGGAUUCGUUCUGGGACCACAGUUUGCUUCACCUCAGGCAAUUCAUACUGGAGAGAAAUCACUUCAGUGCUUGGACCAUGGGAGAAGCCACACGGGACAGAAACCCUAUCAAUGCCUUAAGGGCAGCAACUCUUUUAAUUGGAAGUCAGGACUGACUACACAUCAGAUAAGCCACACAGGAAAGAAAACCCAUAAGUGCUUGGACUGUGGGAAAAGUUUUAUGCGGAGGUCAAACCUUGUGAAACAUCAGGCAAUCCACACUGGAGAGAGACCCCAUAUGUGCUUAGACUGUGGGAAAAGUUUUACACGGAGGACAAACCUUGUGAAACAUCAGGCAAUCCACACUGGAGAGAGACCCCAUAAGUGCUUGAACUGUGGGAAAAGUUUCAUACGUAGGUCAGCCCUUGUUAAUCAUCAGGCAGUCCACAUGGGAGAGAGACCCCAUAAGUGUUUAGACUGUGGAAAAAGUUUCAUAUGGAAGUCAGGCCUUGCUAAUCAUCAGGCAGUCCACACUGGAGAGAGACCCCACAAGUGCUUAGACUGUGGGGAAAGUUUCAUACAGAAGUCAGACCUUUUAAAACAUCAGGCAAUCCACACAGGAGAGAGACCCCAUAUGUGCUUAGACUGCGGAAAAAGUUUCAUACAGAGGUCAUACCUUUUAAAACAUCAGGUAAUCCACACAGGAGAGAGACCCCAUAAGUGCUUAGACUGUGGAAAAAAUUUUGUAUGGGAGUCAGCCCUUGUUAAUCAUCAGGCAAUCCACACAGGAGAGAGACCCCAUAUGUGCUUAGACUGUGGGAAAAGUUUCAUACAGAGGUCAGCCCUUGUAAGACAUCAGGCAGUCCACACAGGAGAGAGAUCCCAUAAGUGCUUAGACUGUGGGAAAAGUUUCAUACACAAGUCAAAUCUUAAAACACAUCAGAAGAUCCACACAGGUGAGAGAUCCCAUAAGUGCUUAGACUGUGGAAAAUUUUUUAUAUGGAAGUCAGCCCUUGUUAAACAUCAAGCAGUCCACACAGGAGAGAGAUCCCAUAAGUGCUUAGACUGUGGGAAAAGUUUCAUACACAGGUCAAAUCUUAUAACACAUCAGAAGAUCCACACAGGUGAGAGCUCCCAUAAGUGCUUAGACUGUGGAAAAAAUUUUGUAUGGAAGUCAGCCCUUGUUAAACAUCAAGCAGUCCACACAGGAGAGAGAUCCCAUAAGUGCUUAGACUGUGGGAAAAGUUUCAAACGCAGGUCAAAUCUUAUAGCACAUCAGAAGAUCCACACAGGAGAGAGACCCCACAAGUGCUUGGACUGUGGGACAAGUUUCAUACAGAGGUCAGACCUUGUUAAACAUCAGGUAAUCCACACAGGAGAGAGACCCCACAAGUGUUUAGAUUGUGGGAAGAGUUUCAUAAGGAGAUCAACCCUUCUUAAUCAUCAGGCAAUCCACACAGGAGAGAGACCCCAUAAGUGCUUAGACUGUGGGAAGAGUUUCAUAAGGAGAUCAACCCUUGUUAGACAUAAAGUAGUCCACACAGGAGAGUGACCUCAUCAGUGCUCAAACUAUGGGAAAAGAUUCAUGCAGAGUUCAACCCUUGUUAAACAUCAGGCAAUCCAUACAAGGGGAAGACCAUAAGUGCUUGUACUCUGGGAAAGUUUCAGAAUCAGAUCGGCCGUUCUAAACAUCAGGCAAAACACACAUAGUGUUUAGACUAUGGAAAAACAUUUCAAAUAGAUGUCAGCCCUUCUUUUACAUCAGAGAAUCCACGCAGGGAGACACCCUGUAACUGCUUAGCCUUUGGAAAGAGUUUUAUACACAAUCAAACAUUGUUAAACAUCCAGCAAUCCACAUUGGGGAGAGACCCCAUAAGUGCUUUGACUGUGGGAAACAUUUCAGAAACUGAUCAGUCCUUGUUUUACAUCAAAGAAUCCACACAAGAGCAAGACUCCAUAAGUACUGGACUGUGACAAAAGUUUCAGACAGUGAUCAGACGUCAUUAAACAUUGGAGAAUUCACACACAAACUAAACUUCUGAGAUACCUGGCCAGAAAGACUUAAGAACCUUGCAGGCUAUUUGGCCUAGAUUCAACAUUUAAAGACAUGUUAGAAAAGUUUGUAAAUGAUGAUUGGGGCCAUUCCAAGUUAUAUAGACUAGAACUUUGAAUGUGAACUUGUAUUGUUAAAAUCUUGGAAGAAGAUAGUAGUGUGGUUGAUUAAUUACAAUUAACUCAAAAAAUAAUGAUGUGUAUUUAAACUCAGAAAUAAAGCAAUUAAAAACUUUAGAUCCUAGAAGUCCACUCAGUGCUACUUCUUUUUCUGCUAAUCGCUAAGACAAGUAAGUUUGUUUACAUUUACGGGAGAUAAUGCUGCCUGUUUCUAAUUUAUGAUGUCACCCGAAAGUCUGGCACGUUUAGCUGGCAGUGUAUAUAUUUAUGUGGAAGAUAUACUAAACAUGCCUAUGUACCUUCAUGCUUCGGCAUUCCAGCGGACAUGCUUCCAUGCUGACAAUGCUCUUUAAAAAAAAAAAUUAAUUAGAUACAUUUGUGAUUGAACUUCUUGGAGGACAAUUGUAUGUCUCCUGUUCUGUUUUACACACAUUCUGCCAAAUAUUUCCUAUUAUAAAAGUCACGGAUAAUGACCUAGCACCUGUUAAUUUUAAUGACACUUUCACUGCUGAUUUGAGAAAAUGCAAAGAAAGUAAUAAUCUGAGAUUUCUAAAGAUAGCUACAGCUUUCGGCCAAAGGUUUAAGAAUCUGAAGUACCUUCCAAAAUCUGAGAGGGACGAGGUGUGGAGCAUGCUUUCAGAAGUCUUAAAAGAGCAGCACUGCGAUGCGGAUGCUACAGAACUCGAACCACAAAAAAAGAAAAUCAACCUUCUGCUGGUGGCAUCUGACUCAGUUGAUGGAAAUGAACAUGCGUCGGUCCACUCUGCUUUGGAUCAUUAUCUAUUAGAACCCGUCAUUAGCAUGGAGGCAUGUCCUCUGGAAUGGUGGUUCCAGCAGGAAGGGACACAUGACUCUUUAGCGCAUCUGGCACAUAAAUAUCUUGCGACACCGGCUGCAAUAGUGCCCCGAGAACGCCUGUUCUCACUUUCAGGUGAUAUUGUAAACAAGAAGCGGGCAGCAUUAUC